CCCGGGCCAAGUUCCUGAGAGCCCUGGGCCAAGCGGUAUAAAGCGCAGUGGUUUGAGGGGCCAGCCAGCGAGUGACCUGUCGGGGGCCGCGAGUGUAGACCCGGAGAUGAGGGCCCUGCUACUGACCGUUGGCCUUGGCCUGAUCGCUGCCCUGCAGGCCCAGGCACCCCUGGCCUCAGACAAGGAGACCCAGGAUGUGUCAGGGAUGUGGUAUCUGAAGGCCAUGGCUGCAGACAAGGAGAUUCCUGGGGAGAAGCCGAAGUUCGUGACCCCUGUGACCCUCACAGUCCUGGAGGGGGGCAACAUAGAAGUCAGAGUCACCAUGCUGGUGAAUGAGCAGUGCCAGGAGCUGAGAGCUGUCCUGGAGAAAACUGACGAACCGGGCAGAUACACGGCCCACGAGGGCAAGCGCGUGGUGCACAUCUUCAAGUCGCAGAGCGGGGGCGCCCUCAUCCUGCACUGCUCGGGCGAGCUCCAGGGGCAGGAGGUCCACAUGGCCAAGCUCCUGGAGAGGGACUUGGACAACGACCAGGAAGCAUUUGAGGAGUUUAAGAAGAGCCUGAGUUCCAGCGGACUCGACGCGGAGAAGAUUUUCUUCCCCAACCAAAGGGAAACCUGCUCUCUGGGACAGUAGGGUUGGGGGCACGGCGACUCCCCAGCAGCCUCUGGGGGCUCCCUGGAAACUCCGUCCUGCCUGCAUGGAAAGAGCCCCGUUCUGGGCUGGCCAGUCCCCCUGUGUCCUGCCUGCCCCGCCCCCGCCCCAUGUCACAUAAAGAA